UGGUUCGUAGAAACGUGUGAUCCGGGGUUUGCAUUUCAUGUCAUUUUUAUUUCGAAGGACUGUGCAAAAUGAGCAAUUUUUCGUACAUCAGCGCGCUGCUGGCGGCUGUUGUGCUAUUCGCAGGCUUUUCUGCUUCGCUGCAAUAUCCGCUUGCACAAAACUACAGCAGCGGCAUUCUACGCAUGGCCAAGGCUGCACAAAUGCACGCCUACCUGGACCCCAUCAAGGAUUACUGUGAUGACUUUUACGAGUACGCCUGUGGCAGGUGGCGCAAAUUGCAGCCCACCUCCGUUGGCAAGCCCAAGACUGCAUAUCUGGAUCAGUUGCAGGAUUUGUAUGUGCGCAAGAGCGUGGAUAUGCUGCAGAGCGGACUCGAGUUGGACAAUUCGGCCGAUCGCAUACUGACCAAAUUUUUCGAGUCGUGCCGCAAUAAGGCCGCCGUCCAACAGCUGGGUGUGGAGCCAAUCUUGAAGGUGGUGGAUUUGCGUGGUGGUUGGCCGACGAUUAUGUCGCACAGCUGGUAUGAGUAUGAGUACGAUUGGCUAAGGGUGGUCGCUGAUUUGCGCCGCCGCUUGGGCGUGGAUAUAUUGAUUGGUUUGGAGGUGGUGCCCGAUUUUGCAGAGGAGGAUAUGAAUCGACUGAAAGUGGGUGCGCCAAAGCUGAAAUUAGGUGACAAGCAGCAUUACUUGGACGAUCGUUACGAUGACGAGCGCGAUGACUACAAAGAAGGCAUAGCGGAAAAAUUGCACAAAUACUUUCCGUAUAUGAGCGCACAUUGGGCCGAGGAGGUGGCACAGCAAGUGCUCCAUAUUGAACAGCAGUUGGCUAAAGGGCUGCCAGAUAAUCAGCAGUUGACAUUAGUGCAGACGUCACGUCAACGUUUUGUUAGCGAGUUAAAGGUGGCUUAUGGCAAUUAUGUCGAUCUUAAUCGCUACUUAACGUUGGUGGUGAAUCAGACGAUUUAUUCGAAAGUUUACGAGACGCCACAGGAAUACAUGCCCAAUCUGGUCGAGGUUAUAAGAGACACGCCGAAGUUGCAUAUAGCCAAUUAUACGAUGUGGCGUGUGCUUGAUCAUCUCGACUACGCAGGCGAGAUCAAUGUGGCGAACAACGAAAACUGGUGCGUGCGCAAGAUUAUAUCCUUCUUUCCAGCGCAGUUACAAAGUAUGUUCAAUCGCAACUACAACAGCGUAACCAUGGUGAAUGAGUUGCAAGCGACGUGGUCAGAUAUUAAGAACAUUUUCCACAAUGAACUCGCAUCGCCACAGCUCGAAUGGAUUUCGGAGAGUACGCGCAAAAAUGCCAUACAGAAAUUGGAGAAAAUACGACUGAAGCUGAUUGCGCGCGACGAUGCAGAGUUUGCGGCGGAGUUGCGCGAUUUGGAAAUACGACGCGAUCAAUACUACAGCAACUUGAUGAACGUACUGGAGUGGCAGACACAGCAUAAUUUACAAACAUUAUUCACCAAACCACAAGCUGUCCAGCCUGAGAUGCGUUUGCCACACUACAACCCGAUCAACAAUAACAUCGAAAUACCCAUCACAUUCCUGCAAACGCGUUUCUUCUGGGAUGCUGAGUAUCCGCACGCUUUGCGUUAUGCCACACUUGGCUUCCUGCUGGCUCACGAAAUGUUGCGCGGUUUCGAUGCCAAUGGACGGCGUUACGAUCAGCAUGGCUAUCAGCGAUCGUGGUGGGAUACAUCCUCGGCAGGUGCUUACGAUGAGCGCGCCAAAUGUUUCGAUAGAAACCAAAACAACAAAUUUUAUCAUCACGAUCGCAUGACCCCGAUCGCACUUGACGCCAAAAUGAGGGAAGAGCGUAUUUUAGAUAGUGGCGCUCUGGCGAUAGCCCAACUCACCUAUCAGCAGUGGUGGGAGAAUGUGUACGAUAGGGGAGACGUGCCGAGCAAGGAGACAUUGCCGCUGCUGGCGCAUACGCCGCAGCAAUUGUUCUUCAUUGGAUUUGCGCAGCUGUGGUGCACGGAUUAUCAUGAGUCAGUGGAGACAUUUGAAGGCACACCUGAGGCGGUGCGUGUGAAUGGGGCGCUAGCCAAUCUCGACGAAUUUGCGCGCGAGCUGAAGUGCGACUUGGGCAGUGCAAUGCAUCCGGAGAAGAAGUGCGAGGUGUUCUAAGAAAAAUGAAUUAUUAUAGUAUGUGAAAUGCCGUAAUUAAACGAAAAUCCAUUAUUUUAUUUAUGAGAAUUUAAAAUCAUACAGCGACAAAAAACAGAAACACUAACGAUCAGCUAUUUUAAGUUUUCGCUUCAAACACUUCCAAUGUAUUUUACACAAUAAACAACAAAAUAUUUGUUAUUACUAAA